CCAAUUUGACCAGCACAGCUCACUUCAGACGUCUCCAUAUAUCUGCUGCCCCCCAGAGAGCGGGUUUUGAUAACGCACAUGUUAAAAAUGCACUCUCACGAUAUCCAAACAUGCCUCGAAAUUCCUGUUCCUCUUUCGAUGAAAGACCGAGUUCGUGCCCCGCCGGCCUGCCUUCCUAUCAGCGGAGAUCACGAAGCCAUGGAGAUACUCGAGAAAUUCGGCAAAGUUCUACUUCGACCUGAAGACGAAAUCACUCAGGCGCAGAACUUGGCAGCCGGCUUUUCGGACAUCGUAGUUCUAUUAGAACGUCCACGCCACAGAAGAGACCACAAAUUCGACGUCAGUUUCGAAGACUUUAUCAAAAGUUGCAAGACACUGUUAGCGGUCGACGAACUCAUUCGCUUCGCUAGCAAAGGUGCCCGAAGCAUACAUACUGUCACCGUACUGGACGCAUUCUCUUAUCGACCUGAUAAAUAUGCAACGGAGGAAGAUAAACAAUGUCAUGAAGUCCUCGCGCAAAUUUUGAGGGCGAAGAAACCAAAAGUUAUAUUAAGAUGUCAUCGUGACGCAUAUCACGACGAGUGGCUGAAGCGAAUAGAGCUGCCAGGCGAAGAUUAUCGACUUAGGCGCAAGGAAAGCUCUAUUGUCGACAAUCAUACCACAGUCGUGUUACAAUCUUUUCAUCCAUCAUGCGCUGUGAACAAUGCCGACUGCAGACCCGAAUACAGGGCGUUACUGAUGUACCAUUUUGUGGCUGCAUUUUCUGAACUGACGUCCAAGUUUACUCUUCCAGAAACAGCGGAAGAGAUAAGAGAGCUGUGUCUCACUAAAGGUGAAAGAAGGCCCGAAGACAUCCACAAGUACGAACCAUGGCAAGCUGCGAGCGUUAUCUCACGAGUGUUAGAGAAGCCGUACCCGAACGGUGUAAAGUUUAUUGGGUUUGCAGAUGAGACCCCAUCCGAAAGUCGCAGCACACAGAUUAAAGCGUCCACUGCUUUGUAUGGGUGGUUAAAACGAUUGUUUGGGAAUGCCAAUUACUUUAGUGGUCUCGCUAUCGCAAAAAUCGUCUUGUUUCUCUGGAAGCGACAUUUUCAAGAAGACCCCUUAUAUGACCACGUAAUGUCGUGGCUUGUAUUACGCGGCAAUGAGCAAAAGGAUUGGUUUGCGUGUGAGACUCAUCUAGUUCCCGACAAACGCACUAUAGAAGAGCAAUUAUCGGGCCUUCAGUUAUCAACACCAUCUAUCAUACGCGACAUCCGGACAAUUAAGGACGAGGUAUUAAUAUUACUUGGUCGGGCAUCUGCGACCCUUAUAAGAGGAGAGCAUCUUGCAGAUGAUUGUCGCGCUCAAUUAAUUGAUUCUUAUGAGAAGCACAAUGAGCUCGUUUGCAGCCAUUUAGGCGAACUGUCGAUGAGCGACAUCAACCAUGCAAUGCAUAUAAGGACUCUGUUGAUUUCUUGCGAGGUGUCUUUAUCCGCAAUCAGUGACCAGACUUUUAUAUCGAGGAAGCAAGAUUACAUCGACGCCAUGCUCUGCCUUAAAAGAUUGGCUGAGGUUAUUGAUUCUACUUUGCUAAAGUCAUCGGACUAGAGGAGGAACUUCUGUCUUUUCAGCAACAGCAGACCCAAGAGCUUGAAUUAUUCCCUCCGUAGCCGGCUCAGGAGACCCAGCUUCUUCACCGGAUGCAGGAAGCAGCUCUGAAUCAUCAAUAUCACCGGGCUCAGAUCCUUGGCUAUUUCAUCAUAGGCAACGUGCUAAUUACUCCCCGGAGCCGCCGGAGUAUAAGCCAUUGCAGACAGGGCCCAGCUACGACAUCAACUGCGUGAAGCUACGUGUAAAUU